CCGGCUAUGCAUCCCAACUGCUUCUGCUGCUGCUGCUGCUUGGGUCCCAAUCACCAAAGAAUAUGCAUGAUGGCGAUCGAUUGAUCGGUCACAAUGAUCGAUCACGGAAUUAUUCUCGAUCAAGAGACCAUUACAACGAUAAGAUUCAUCCAUUCUCAAUUUUUAAAACGGGCGCCAGUGUCUGACAGACAGUUCACGCUCAUGUACUUCCAUUCAUAUCCACUCGCUGGAGCCGGAGCCGGAGCUAUAUAUACGGUCAGCACGAGCCGUACCCUGCAUUCCAUCCAGAACACAACACCCACCUAGAAGCUUUAUCACUGCUGCUAGCCUGCUUCUGCUUGCAGUUUCUCAUACACAUGGAGAACACAACAUCGCCACAAUCUUCUUGCAUCAGCCAGCCGGCGGCGGCGGCCAUGUCGGCCGGCGAGAGCAGCUGGGCUAUGCACUUUGCAAACUUCGUGGCAUCAACAGACAACAAACAGGAGAUGGGUCACCAAGGAGGAGAGGCCUCUGACAGUGAUUUCUCCUCUGGCUUCUCUUCCUCAUUUGAUUCCUUGGGUGAUGGCUCCGACACCGACUCCUUCCUCACGUCGGACCUCAUGGAUGAAGACGAUGAGGAUGAUUCUCUGCAGGACACUGCCUGUUCUUCCGCCGCUCGCCCUAAGGUAACCAGCAUGCAUGAUAUGCUCAUGAAGUCAAUUCUAACCAUGGAUGCAAAGGACAUGAACACCGCCCAGCUGGCCAAGUAUUUCCUCGAUGCGAGCUCAAGGAAGCAGGCGACUGGUGCGGUUCCAGAAGUGAUCAGCGGUGGAAAUAGCAACGAGAAGCAGCUGCAUGAGUUCAAUGAUCUGAGAAAGAAAGGGCUUUGCUUAGUCCCUCUCUCCAUGUUGAUAGAUUACCUAGGUUGAUUACUGUUCAUGUACUGUAAGAACGCCGGUUCAGUUAUAUAUACAAUAUAUAUAUAU